AUGACGCUUCAGGAGGGACAAUUGAAUUACUGUUAUCAGACUUGGCUUGCUUGGAUCGUACCUCAGUCGCAGUUUUGUUCAAGAUACACAAUUAUGUUUCAACGCCGUCGUUAUAGAGGUUCUAAAGGUUACAAAUAUGAUCCAGAGCUUCCUGAGCUACCAAAGUAUAUUCACAAAAUGAAUCAAAGACACCUUUUACAAAGUAAGCUCUGUAUUUCAGACAUCAACAUACGUAACAGACGCAUUGUCGUCAGGACUGAUUUUAAUGUCCCUCUCUCUCCCUAUGGACAAAUUCUUGACAGUGAGAAAAUUCACAGGGUGAUCCCUACAAUCAAGUUUCUUCUUGGAUGUGAUUGCUACUCGAUUCUUCUUAUAUCUCAUAUAGGAGAUGCUGGAGGCAAAAAGAAUGAAUAUUGCUCCUUAGAACCUGUAGCAAAAGAGCUUGAUAAAAUUUUAUACAUAAAUUAUGGCUUAACAGUAGAAUUUUUGCAUGAUAUUUUUCAUCAUGAAGUCCGAGCUUUCUGUUCUUUUCCUCCUAGAAGAAGCAUUGCGGUUCUUGAAAAUAUUCAGUUCUAUCCAGAAGAAUUUGGAACAACCAAAGACAAUACAAUACAGCUUACAAAUGAAAGGAUCUCAAGAUUUAGACGCAUAAUAAAAAGUUUCGGUGACAUAUAUGUAAACGAGGCUUUUUCACUUACUCACUUAACACAUAGCUCCAUUUUGGCACAAUAUUUUCCUAUUAGUGUGACUGGUCUCUACACACAAAAGACACUAAAUUAUUUUCAAAGAUUCUAUAUCGAGCCGAAAAGGUGUGUUGAGAAAUUGCCUGUGUGUGCUAUAUUAGGUGGUGAUAAAAUUGACAUCAUGUUAUCAAUUUUGGAUAAUUUGCUAGAUUUUGUGGACUAUGCAAUAAUUGGUGGAGGCUUAGCUUUUACUUUUUUAAAGGAAACAAAGAAUAUGAAGAUUGGAGAUUCUUUAUUCCUUAAACAUAGUGGUCGUAUUGUCAGAAACCUGAUGAGAAAAGCUCAGCAUAAUGGAGUUAUGAUGUAUUUACCCUGUGAUUUUAUGGUGGGACGUCGUGAUAGUGAGCGAAGCAGAUUUUGUCCUGUCGAAGAAGGAAUUCCUAAAGGGAAAAUGGGAUUAGACAUUGGAUUUAUUUCACUCAAUGACAUCCGUAAUUUUGUCAAGAAAUCAAACACCAUUCUUCUUUAUGGCCCAAUGGGCGUGGUUGAGGAGUCCCUUUAUGAGGAUGGCACAGCAGACCUCAUCGAACUAUUGAAUGAUGCAUAUUGCAGAGGUGCAGAGACCAUUAUUGUUGGGGAAACCACAGGCAACUUUGCAAGGAAAAAGAAGCUUGCUAGAAAUGUUUCUCAUAUUUGUGCAGGAGAAGCAACAUUACAUCUCCUUCUUGGACGAAAACUACCAGGCUUGGAAGCAUUAUUGACAAAGGGGGUUCAGCAUUGCCGGAAAGAAUCUUUGUGGUAUGAUAUUCUAAAGGAGAAUUAUGGCACAGACCACCAAAGGCAGCGCAGGGGAAAGACCAAGAAGAAAAUCAUCUUGAAAGAAGAUGGCAAGCACUACAAUAGUGAUGCUUCUGAUACAGAUUAAUACAUCCAGGGCCAGUUCAAGAAUGAUGCAACUUCAAAUGUAGUAUAAGUGUUUUUAUUUAAAUGUGUAUCUUUUAUUUAUAAGUUGCUCUAAGUAUCUGCACACAAGUUGAGAAACAUAAUUCCAAAUUACACGUUUCUGUCCUCUCAAAAUAGAUUUCAUUAUUAUAAAUACAUUUUAUAUCUCAUGUUUAAAAAGUCUGCGUAUCAGCAUCAAAAUUACUUGUAUGUAACCUUGAUCCAAGAAUAAAUGAUUAUAUUAUCGGUGAAA